UUGUCGUCUCUAAUUUAAUUACAUGUUUAGAUGUCAUCCCGAUUUAUAGCAUUCGUUACACAAUCAAAAUCAAAUCGACUAGUUGGGUGUCGGAAAAAUAAACAUCACCAUCGUGUUCUUCUGCCAUUAAAUUUUUCACCAUCUUUCUUCCACCUCCAACUGUCCUAGACAGCUAUUCUCCACCUCCUCUAGCUUUCCUCUUCUGUUUCUCUAUCAACCCCCCAGAGAGAGAGAGAGAAUCAAACAUCUCAGAAGAACCCAGAAAGAGAAACCAAACCGAAUCUUUCAAAGCUCAGUGUUUGUUAAAUUCAACUCGAAAAUGGGUUCUUCUACUUCAAAAACAUCUUCUUCAGCUUCUUCUACUUCUGUCUCUUCUUCCCCGGCGACGAAGCUCGCCUCCGACUCCCCUUCUCCGGCGAUCCACAAAGCUUUCUCUUUUCCGACGCCGUUGGUUCACCAUCCUCCGGCUAGAAAAGGCGACACUCACCACCUCGUUUCCCUCACUUCCACCUCAUACGGCUCUCUCCUCCUCAAAAGCUCCUCCGACCAAGAGACGCCUCCUCGUAUCUCAAUCUCCGACAAGAACACGACAGAUCCGGUCUCGCGCGACUCGUUCUCUCCCGACUCGGUCAUAAACACAUGGGAGCUUAUGGACGGCUUGGACGACGAGUUCGAAUUCGAAAUCCCCAAAGCUGAUAAGCUUAGUUCCGGUCAAGAUUCGGAUGUUUGCCCUAAACCCGACCCGAAUCGAAAUGGGUCUGCUUUGAGAUUGGACGAAUCUUACGAAUUCGUGAAGACCGGACAAGACGAAGAAGAUUGGGUCCCGUUGUCUUAUAAACCAAAGCAACCUCUUUGGAAGCAUUUGUCUGAAGAAUCUUUCUUGUCUGGUUUAGAUCCUAGCAUUGUCUCUUCUUACAAGAAGGCUUUGUCUUCUAAGCAGUUAACCAAUCAUACUAGUAUCAAUGUCGACACUAGAAAACCUCUCACAACCACAAAGUCCCUCUCUUUCAUAACCAGCGAGCCAAAAUCUGUUUGCGCUAAUCCGAGAUUACAAGGAGCAGAAGACAAGAUUGUGCUCUACUUCACAACUCUCCGAGGAAUUCGAAAGACGUACGAGGAUUGCUGUUGUGUAAGGAUGAUAUUGAGAGGGCUUCAAGUUGCAGUCGACGAGCGUGAUAUCUCUAUGGAUUCUAAAUACAGGAAAGAGCUUCAAAGCUUGCUCGGUGCUGGAGAGAAACCAAAACCGGUUUGUUUGCCUCAGGUGUUUAUCAGAGGAAGCCACAUUGGUGGCGUCGAGGAGAUUAUGAAGCUAAACGAUAACGGUGAGUUAGCUGAGAUGUUGAAAGAUUUCCCUGCUUGUGAAUGCUUGGGGACGUGCCGGAGCUGUGGUGAUGCAAGGUUUGUGCCUUGUAGUAAUUGUGAUGGUAGCACUAAAGUGUUUGAAGAGGAAGAGGAACGGUUCAAGAGAUGUCCGAAAUGCAAUGAGAAUGGAUUGGUGCGUUGUCGUCAGUGUUGCGUCUAAGUAACCUGUUGAAUCAGAAGAUGUGUGGGUGAAAGGGACUUAGAUUGAGUGUAUGAACUGUAAAACAGAAGAAGAUUAAGAGAGAGAUGAUGAUUCUUACUAAGAUGGUAUUGGGUUAGUAUGGUAUAUUGGAAUAAGAAUUGGCUCAAGUCUAACUAUUGUUACUCUCUUGUCUGGUGGUGUUUUUUGUUUGUAUUAUAUUUGUUUUUGGCCUGAUACUUUUCACAUCCAAAUGAUUAUUACUAUUUUAUUUUAA